AAAAGAAAAGGUCUGGGGUGACCUCUCCAAACGUUACCAGGAUCAUGACAUAAUGGCCUUUCUGGAGGAGGCCACUCUUAUGGAUCCAAGAUUCAAGGGAAAGCUGAGUUCUUCUGAUGAAGUUUGGGAACGACUGAAGGCAGCAGCAUUGAGGGAAAUGUUAGGAGAGGAGGAUGCAGUGCCAGUGGAGGCUCAGGAAGUGGAAGUGGACGAGGAUGAAGAGGAUGAAGAGGAGGAGGUGGAAAAUCCUCAUGUUGUCAAGAAACCCAGGGUCUCUGCACUGGAGGAACUCUUCGCUGAAGAGGAUAAAGAGCUGCGGAGGAGCCUUAUUCAACAGGAAACAACAGCGGCAACAAUCCUCGAGAACAUCAGGAAUGAGCUGUCCGUCUACAGAGGCCUCCUUCCCAUCCCUACAUCAGAAGACCCUGUCCACUGGUGGUGGAGAAAGAAGGAAACUUUUCCUGUCCUCUCUCAGCUCUCCACCACCUACCUCUGUGUUCAAGCCUCCUCAACGCCUUCUGAAAGAGUGUUCUCCACAGCUGGCAACACUCUCAGUAAGGAGAGAUCUCGGCUUCUCCCGGAGAAAGUGAACAUGCUUAUCUUUUUAACAAAAACUGUUGAGUGCAGUAUUUAG